AUGGCGAGGAAGGUAUCAAAGAAAAAGCGUGAUGCCGCAAAGAGGGCUGCGUCAGAGAACAAGAGGCAAAACUCCCCACCUGCACCAGCGCAGGAGUGUGCCAUGGAUAAGGAUCACCAGGAUGCUGGAUGCGAUGAAUUCAAUGCUCUUGCCCUGUACGAAGAAACCAAGGAACUCACAGAGUACGCCAGCCAAUACUUUGCACGCGCAGACUUUCGGGGAAUUUCGGAUGAGCUGAGGAUCCAGGGAAAUGAGAAAUACACCUCCCUGCAUGACGGCCUCGCGCCAACCAUCUAUGCCAGCCGCCUACAGGCAUCCGUCGAGCUCUAUCAAAAAGCGGUGUCAACAGCCAGCACAGCGGACCAACUGGCGAGCGCAUCAAAGAAUCUGGGCUUUGCGCACCGCAAGCAUGCGUCCAUGGAGAGGGACUUUGAGCCGCGCAUGCGCAACCUCUGCACUGCUGUGCGCCACCUCGGCAACGCAUUUGUCUUUGGGGCGGCCUGCAAGCCUGCGGCCUGGCGUGUGUCAGUUGGGGAGGAUGCGGUCGGCUGCAUCGAUGCUUUGAAGGAUGCGCUGGGCACCUGCAGCAUCAAGCAGCCACUGCGCUGGCUGGAGAAGAUGAACGCGGCUGUGCCAGACGCUUGGUCCACGCUCAAGGCUGACAAGAAGCCAAAAAUCGUCCUUGCGAUGAGCGGGGAGGAGCUGGGGGCGGCGGACCACAUGCUGUGCAAGCACCUGAUGGAGGAUGCAUCGCGGCCUAUAGAGGACGCGGCGCGCUUCAGUCGUGUGGCCCGCUGGUGCAAGGGCAUGUCCGACGCCGAGGUCUUGCGGGAUGAUAUGCUCAGGAACGUCUGCAUCUGCUCUGCCAUUGAGGAGAUGAAGCGUGCAGAUGCGUUCUUGGACCGCGCGCUGUACAGUGCCGAGGACAUCGACAUGGACGCCAUCUUCCUGGCCAUCGAUGCCUACCGCAAUGCCAUCCUGCUCACGCGGGGUAAUGACCUGAAAGCAGAGUGCCGCGCGUUCUCACGCCUGGGCCGAGUGUACGGAAAGAUCAUGAAUGAUCGGCAGCGCGCAGCAGACUGCAACAAGCGCUGCAUCGUUCUGGCCAGCACCAUCUACCCCAUCCCCUAUGGCGCAGACUGGUACAGGGAAGCUACAGCGGAGCUACAGGCGGAGCAGAAGCGGACGGCGCUGGAAGAGGAGCAGAAGCUGGCGCAGGAACGCGGACCCAUCCUCGAGACGCUGAAGGAGGAGCUGCGUGCGCUGAAGAAGGCGCACUCAGAGGGCGCGCACAAGCUAGUAGAUCUCAUCUACAAGGAGCACCCUCCCAAGAAGGAAAAGGCCGUGAAGCCGGAUGUCAAUGGGGAAAAUAUGAAGAAGGGCCUGCAGACAGCUAUCCUCCACUACCACCCGGAUAAGAAUGCUGAGAGCAUCUUUGGUAAGAGGUGGUGCUACCUGUGUGAGGAGAUCACAAAGCUGCUCAACGAUAAGUACGAGCACACCAAGGGCUGCUGA